GUAUCAUCAGCUGAUGUGCAAAAAGAUCGUUAUCGAAUGGCGUCGUCGAAUCUUAACCCAUCACUUGCUUACACAGUGGUGUACGUGAAGGACGUCGCUAAAUCCGUGGCUUUCUAUGCUAAAGCUUUUGGUUACACUGUUCGUUGCUUAGACAAAUCGCAUAGAUGGGGAGAGCUUGAGAGCGGGCAGACCACCAUAGCAUUCACGCCGAGACGGCAGCAUGAGACGGAUGAUCUGACCGGUUCGGUUCAAACACCAGGUGGGUCCGACAGCGUCAGACCGCCUAUGGAGGUUUGUUUCACCUACUCCGACGUUGACGCUGCCUACAAGAGAGCAAUAGAGAAUGGUGCAGUGGCGGUGAAUGAGCCAGAAGAAAAAGAAUGGGGACAGAAAGUCGGAUACGUUCGAGAUAUUGAUGGAAUCGUGGUCAGGCUGGGGAGUUAUGUCAACCCACCAAAGAAAGCAUGAUGACUAAAUUAUAUACAUAUGAAAUUUAAUUUAUUAGAGCGUUUUUAAUUGUGUUUUGAAACAGGAUCGACUAAUAUCCCCACAAGCGGAUAGCACUUGAUAUUAUAUGGCUUUGUGGUUUUUGGUCAAAUGUCCCAAAACUUGUAAUCUAAUUUCCUAAUAAAAAUUGAAUAAAUCAGUCAAGCAGACAUUAAAUGCUUA